AUGUCCGAGCGAGGUCAUUUUCGUGGAGGCGGCCGGGGAGGCGGCGGAAGAGGAGGUGGAAGAGGUAGGGGCGGAGAGGGCGGUCGAGGUGGUGGUGCUGGCACCGCUUCUCAUCAGUCUAAUCAACCGCACGAAAAGCCCAAGAAGGAAAACAUCCUGGACUUGUCCAAAUACGUCGAGAAGCAGAUCAGUGUCAAGUUCAAUGGCGGAAGAGAAAUUGCUGGCACGCUCAAAGGUUACGAUCAAUUAAUGAAUUUGGUGUUAGAUGACGUCAAGGAAACUAUGAGAGAUGAUGAAGGCAACGAGACAACCCGACCGCUGGGCCUGGUCGUCGCGCGCGGCACCUUGCUCGUUCUGAUAUCCCCGGUCGAUGGGAGUGAAGAGAUCGAGAAUCCUUUCCAGCAACCGCCCGAGUAA